AUUCGACCUGCCAAUCUAGUCAUGCUGUUCACUGAUGUCGGCCAGUGGAUAUCGCAGCGCGUGAGAUCGCUCUUCGUGACUCCGCCAGGCUUAGGCGCAUUCACCCUUCCUGUCGAAAUUAUCCUGAUGAUCUCCUCACAUUUGGACAUUACCUCGAGACUUUCUCUCGCUUUGACUUGCCGAACCCUCUUCCUUGUGUGCUUCCCCAAAUACUUGACCCUGCACCCGGUAGAAAAAGAAGAGCUGUUACUGCUAAUUGAAAGAGACUUAUCGACUUAUUACUUCUGUCACUUUUGCGUAAAGCUCCAUCGUUGGCACGGAAGCUGGACUAGAUCGAUGAAUAUGCGGGACUCUCUCCCGUGCCCAGGAGAACCGGGAACGACUUUGUUCCAUCCCUCUGGCCAUUAUAUCCCUUACUAUCAUGCGCGUUUAGUCAUGAACCGGAAUCUCUAUGGACCCAAGUACGGUCCUUCUCUUCGCAGUCUCGAGCACCGGAAUAGGUCGCAUCAUACCUCCGACAGAGUCAUCAAGGCCAGUUCAAGAUAUGGGCAUAUCGUUGACAAUCAGCUGUUGCUUCUAUGCAUCACGUCAUAUUCGCAUUCAAAUGGCAAUGCAGCUUUACUCAGAAAACACAUCAACCAUUUCCGAUACUCGGUGUGUAGACACAUCACCGUAGCACCCGGUAGUCCAGACCACGGUCCAGUCGGAGUUCCAGAGUUAGCCGAACCCAAAACCGCCUCGAGCCACUUCUCGCCUUGCAGUCAGGGGCUUGGAUCCUGCUCAAUCUGCUUGACAGACUACACCGUCGAUGUAACGUGGCAAGAUGACCGGAGAGGCUACUUGAUCACUCUGUCGAUUUACAACCAACUGGGUGACUGUCGAUCGCCAUCUGCUUGGGAGUGGCGCACUAUGGCCAGUCCAUAUGCGUCUAGAGACGAAAUUCUUCGGAAAGACCGGUCAGUGGAAUACGGGCUUGGUUGUGUCCGAGAUCGAUGGAAUAGAGCUACGGGUGUUGUUGCAGAAGCCAAAGGUGACUGGGUACCACUUCCCAGAAUGUUAGCCGAAUCGCGUGGGGAGCACUGA